AUGGCCGCCGCGGAGGAUCGGGCUGUUGAGCGCGUCUCUCCACCUGCUCCCUCGCUCCAAUCUGCCGGACCUUCUUCCAACUCCAUCGUCAAUGGUCGUGUCCGUUUCUCUGUCCAUCGAGCCCUCGGCGGAGGCGCAGGUUCCACUCUCUCUCUCUCUCUCUAGCCGCGGUUGAACGAUUGACAUUCUGAGACUUGCAGUCUGGAUGCUGUUACUGACGGUUUCGUUGACGAAUGGGGACUCUGGUUGCAGUGGCCAACGUGAUACUGUGGAGGCGGAGGAAUGCGCCAGUAGUGCUCUUGACGGGGGCGAGUGCCACUUGGUUUCUCUUCGAGAUCGCUGGAUACAGCUUCCUCUCUCUCGCUGCUAAUGUCCUCCUCCUUCUCGUCUCCAUUCUCUUCCUUUGGGCCAGAUCUGCGUCACUUCUCAACAGGUUAUCGUUCGUCCUAUACCCCGCUUUCCUUUCGCUGUAGUUUUCUCAUCUGGUUUUGUUUUGAGUCGUCCAUUUUUACACGCGAUUUCUCGUCCUUUCUCUGCUUGUCUACAGGCCUCUUCCCCCCGUUCCCAAUCUGGAAAUCCCAGAUCGUGUUGCCGAGAAGAUUGCUGAUGAUGCCAGCACCUGGAUUAAUUAUAUCCUGGCUGUUGCACGGGAGAUAGCCCUUGAGGGUGAUCGGAAACUCUUUCUAGAGGUAGCUACUGUUGUAUAAUGUUUUUUUAUCUUUUAGAAAAUAGAAUUUCUCACUGUGCUGUAUUACCGUUCUUCUAUCUUCUUCUGUAAGGUCAUUGUGUUCUUGUGGAUUGCUUCAUAUAUUGGGAGUUUCUUCAGCUUCCUGACGUUCGUUUACCUUGGUAAGUUCCAAGAAAAAAAUUGCGUCGUUUUUUUGUGUUAUGCACCGUGGGAGAACUAACAUCCCAAUAGCUUUCUGUCAAUAUUUCUAACCUGGGAUAAGUCCUGUACACCGCAAAUGGACCUUAACAUUUUGACACCCCGCGACACUUAUUUCUUUUCGCUUGUUCCAGGGAUCAUUCUUUGCUUCACAAUUCCUGCUUUCUAUGACAAGUACCAAGAUCACAUUGAUGAGAAAGUGGGGUUAGCUCAUCAUUUUCUCUUGAAUCAAUAUGAAACUUUCCUUGUGAAGACGGGAAGAUCUGUAAGAAAGGAAAAGAAAACUGACUGA